GAUGUACUGGUGCCAUCUCUAUUAUCAGGUUACACUGUUCGAGGAAAGAAAUAAUAAUAACAAUAAUAAUUAAAAGUGUAAGCAAAAGAUAGCCAUGGCCCACGACCGCGAGGUGUUGCGCAUGAUAUGGGAGGGCCAGAUUGGCAUCUGCUUCCAGGCUGACCGCGACGAGAUAGUGGGCAUCAAGCCAGAGCCCUUCUACCUGAUGGUCUCCCGCCUCAGCUACUUGCCGCUGGUCACCGAUAAGGUGCGAAAGUAUUUCACCCGCUACAUUGCCGCCGAGCAUCAGGAUGGUGCCGUUUGGUUCGACUACAACGGGACGCCGCUGCGGCUGCACUAUCCAACUGGUGUGCUGUACGAUCUGCUGCAUCCGGAGGAGGACUGCACACCCUGGGGCCUGACAAUACAUUUUUCCAAAUUCCCCGAGGACACGCUGGUCAAAAUGAACUCAAAGGAACUGCUGGAGUCGCACUACAUGUCCUGCCUGAAGGAGGCCGAUGUGCUGAAACAUCGCGGCCUGGUCAUAUCGGCCAUGCAAAAGAAGGACCACAAUCAGCUCUGGCUGGGCCUGAUCAAUGAUAAAUUCGAUCAGUUUUGGGCAGUCAACAGACGCCUCAUGGAGCCCUACGGCGACCAGGAGUCAUUCAAAAACAUUCCCGUUCGCCUCUACAACGAUGAUGAUUUCACGUACACGCAAAAACUGAUCUCGCCCAUAAGCGAAAGUGGACAAAAGAAGAGCCUCGCCGACCUGAUGGCCGAAUUAUCAACACCUGAACGCAAAGCGGUUGGAUUUCGCACCCAUGGAAUCGAUCUGCACGAGGAGACGCAGGUGCAAUGGAUGUCCGAGCACCUGAGCUAUCCUGACAAUUUUCUGCAUUUAUCCGUGGACUACAAGGACGUCUAGCCAUAACCCCCUUUCUGCUUUGUGUGUGUGUAUAUAUGUAUACUCGAAAUCGUAUUGUCCCAGUCCAUAUAUGCAUGUAUGGUACUUUCCACCCACAUUUGAUUCCAGCGUUCCCAGGGCGAUCGCAUGCGAUCGAUUUAUAUAGUAAUUUGUACACAUACAUAUGUAUGUCCAUAUAUGUAUGUAUGUAUGUAUUUGUAUAGUUUUUUAAGCAACAAAAAAAGUGUGUGUUAUAUUUAUGAGCCUAUAGCAUUUAAUGAAAGCCACAAAACAAUAAGCAAACCAAAAACCAAAACAAUUACUGCAACCACAUAUAGUCACAGAUGGAUGGAUGGAUGGAUGGAUGGAUGUCUGGAUCGGAACAGCGGAGAAGAUCUACCCUAGCUACCUACUAAUUCAUCGUUCAUCGAUCAUUUUCAAUUAGAUAUCUAUAAGCCGCCGGAAACUGGUCAAGCCCUUGCACUAGCAAGCCAACAAACAGAACGUUUUCAGCUAUCAAUUUCGAUUUAUCCGUUUGUCAAGAUAGUGACUGACGGAACGGGACAGAAUUGGGUCUGGAAUGGCUCCUACUUUUGGUCUCGCUAUCGGUAUCGGUCUCGGUCUCGGUCUGGCUUUACCGGCGGACCUUGCACAAUAUUUUAGCCAAGGCCCAAAAUCGAUGAUCUGGUUGUGUCGCCACUCCACGAAACUUAUUUGAAGAGCAUCGAUUUGACACUGUCAGCGGAGUGGAGGAAUCGUGCCCGAUUUAUAAUUAGUUAACGCUUUUGCCCCCACUCGAGAAUGAUUUAUUCGAUUGUUAUUUGUAUCGUUUGUCUGGGCCACCAAAACCCAAAAGUGGCCCAAAAACUGAAUCCAAAAAUAAACUGCAAAUCUGAUAAAAA